GUUAUGGGCUUUCAAAUUAAUAAUGUUCAGUGAUAUGGUCCAAGAGCUCUUUAUACUUGGUCACAUACACAAAGUCGCAGUUGAACAAAUAAAUAACAAGCCUUCUACCAGAAACAAGCCUUUGCGGCUUCACCGCCAUCUAGGGUUUUCGGUUUCUCAAUUCCGACCAAAUCAAAAAUUCGAAUUUCCCAAUUUGCUUCAUACAUUGAAGAAGAAUGGGCGGAAAGUGUCCGCACAGGAGUGUGAAGAAGCGUCGCUACUCUCAUAAAUCAUUUAGGCGCAGCAAAUUUCUUAUCAAGGGCGACGACGCCGUUUACGAUGAGCUUCAGAAAGCGGAGGGACAGAGCAAGCCCUUGCCCGUGGAUGAAGAUCUUCCAGGAAUGGGCCAGUACUAUUGUUUUCACUGCGAUCGCUAUUUUGCUAAUGUGGCUGUCAGAGAUGAACAUUUCAAGACCAAGCGGCAUAGGAAACGUGUGAAGAUAAUGAUGGGUCCUGCACCUCACACACAACUGGAUGCUGAUAUAGCUGCUGGAAUGGGAAAGCCAGACAAUGGCCCCAAGUUAAUGUCAAUGUAAACUUAUUCCUAUGUGUUUGUUUGAUCUAGCUGCUUUUUUCCCCUUGUUAUUUUAUUACAGUGAUACAGAGUGGCAAUCUUUAAUUUUAAGCUUGUGCUAGUAUGUCGCAAAUGAUGGUACCUUACCUUCUUAGUUAUAGAUUCUCAAAGUCACUGCGAUUUUCUUUUUGCAAUAUAGUUGAGUUUUACUCAA